AUGUCCCAGGCCAAACGUGUGCCGUUGGCUGAAACAAACCAGAACGUGCCUCUGCCGGCUACGAUAAAACCCAAGCUCAAAUCACACAAAACAGAUCAUAACGAGGAGAGCAAACAAACAGAUGAGGAAGACGACAAGAAACGUAAGGAGGAAACAAAGGCAGUGGCCAGCGGAGCAGCUGCCUCAAAGUCUGCUAGACUCGUAGGAGACGAGCUCAAAAGCUGGCAGGACUCCUGGCGGAAGAUCAUGCGUGAAUCUGUCGUUUACUUCGACACUCAAGGUUGCGAUUCAAACAACCAAGCACAGUAUAACGAGCAGAAGAGGGCACAGCGUGCAUUGCGGCUGGUUGGCUGUGAGAUCGUGCCGUUUUACGACAGAGACGUCAGUAUCAUCGUCAGUCGCCGUCUGUUCAGCAGCUCCAAGGCCUAUCCAAACAAUGACAUCUUCCACGACGCCGUGAGUCUAAAGAUCAAAGUGUGGGACUACGAGAAGGUGUUCCGUUUCCUCAAAAACUUGGGUGUCAAUGACUCCGGUGCCCAUGAACGUACAGGCAAUUUGUCCAACCUUCUCAAGGAAGAAAAGAUCUUCGGUUCCGCCGACAGAGAUCCUAAUGCAAAGAGAGAGGACUUGUACUACUUGGAGAAAAACUUCAUCUACAUCUACGAUCUUUCCCAAGCCGUACGCCCAAUUGCCGUUCGUGAAUGGUCUGGCGAGAACUACCCAUCUUUCUAUCACACUCUAGACGGCAAGUGCCCCUUCAUUCCUGACACCUCGGAUAACCUGGAAAGAAAGAAGUUGCGCCGAUUGCAGAAGUUCGACGCUACAAAAGAAUAUAGAGAUCUUCUAAGAAAGGUUACUGAUGUCAUCAUUGGCUACGCCCGCGACAAAGUCUCCAUCAAUUCCUCAGCGCUCACUGAAACGAGCACGAGCACGGAUUCCGCUGAGACAACCGACAAUACAGUGGCCGAUGAAGCUAGCAUCAAAGAAAUUGACGAAAAUGAUAACGACACCAUUCUGAUGGAAAAGGAGCCAUCUCCUGAAGAAGAUGAAGAUGAGGUGGAUGUGAACCAUGAAUUCAGCUUUAAGGCACCAGCCGGGCUAAUGAGAAACUCCUCCGUGAUGCAGCCCUUCAACAACUCAGUAUCACAGUCCAACUCCAAGUUUUACGACGUCGUUGCCUCUGGUUAUAAUGGAGCAUCAAACGCACAAUCCAACCAUAUGGAUUCAGUUCUUAAUAGUGCUGCGCAGCAGCACGCACACCAAGGGAAUGGUCUAGGGCCCGCUGUGUCACAAGUUCCAUCAAAGAAUUUGAACAACCUUAAGAGGCGUAUAUUCAUGAAGAAGCACAUGCAGAAGACCGACUCUCGCGAGCGAGAGCGGGAGCGUGAGUUGAGGCCCGGAUAUUGCGAGAACUGCCGAGUCAAGUACGAUAGCUUUGACGAGCACAUUGUGUCGAACAGACACCGCAAUUUUGCAUGCAAUGACGACAACUUUAAGGAGAUUGAUGAUCUUAUUGCCACGCUUAAUGAAAGCAAAUUCAUGGGCUAUGUUGCCUCGAAUGGUGACUACAGAUACGAGUAA